AUGUCCCAAUCAGUACCCUUUCAGAGAAGAUUCGAUAGGUUCACUUCAGAGUCUGAACUUGGGCCUAUGGAGUUCGAGAUGGCGCUGGAUAUAGAAGAGCAGGCGCGUAUAUCGGAGCAGAGACAGCACCAUCUGAAUGACAAUUGGGAUCAGAUGAACUGUGAUUUUGACAGCAAUGAGGGUAAUCAAAGCAAUAUGACUAUGAAUGAGGAGACCGCUAGCCCUCUAUCAGAAAAUAAUGCUUCGUACCUUUCAACAAGUGAGGCUAGCCGCCUAUUCCCGAAUCCAGAAUUCAAAUUCCCUCUAGAGCCAUAUCAUGUCGACUUCAAGGCAGCCGAUGACAUGGAUCCCAUGAAGAAACCUACUCAGUUGCAGUCGCCGUCUCGGUCCUGCAGUAGGAGGAACGACCAAUUAUACACCCACCACCGCUUCAUAUCUGAGGCGGAGAGCUACACAACACAUUGGGAGAACAGCAUCCUUUAUGACAAGGAUACUAACAAACGGGUAUCAACGCCAGGCUACUUCCAGUCACGUCCGAAGUACAAAUCACCGUACUUAGGGCCCGUGGGUUGGACGGUACCAUCGAAAUAUUAUAGUGCCACCACGAGAAGCUCACGAAGAGCCACGGAUGUCAUUACUACAUCUAGAGCCGAUGGUGGCUACGAUGACAUUGCAGCCGUCGAUCCAUGUUCAGGCUCCCGAAGAAAAAAUAUUCGGGAUAGAACUAGGGAGACGAUAUAUAACUGCCGUACGUCGCGGCCGUUCCUGAUCUAUCAGGACCCAGAGUGGAUGGAGCCUCCACGAGGGAUAACCGACCCAUAUUUCGAUAGUAUGGCGAGUGACGACAAGGAGAAUAAUGAGCCGGGCGAGCACGAAGCUGGAUAUGAUGCAGACGAAACUGGUGGCGAAUCUUUCAUGCAGUUGGAAGAUGAUGGCAAUGAUGCUGACGAAGAUGGGAUGGACGUUGGUGAUGAUACGGCGACCGUUAUCCUCUCUUCGCCAUCGAACAUGGCUAGGAGGAGUAGGGAGCUGCAAAGAUAUCGACACAGACGCAAUGACAGCUCCACGUCCUCCUCAUCGAUCCUUUGA